CAGGCAAGCAAGCUCUCACAGUGGAGACCUCACGCUCGAGCCGCUGCGUUUCACCAACGGGCCACGCCGACGUGCAUGGCCCCCGGCCUCCUUUAUCGUACGAUGAAUCCUGCGCAGCCUGGGUCACCGUUUCAAGACGCCAAACUGCAGCUUCACCAAAUGGAGGAGGGCGCGGAGAGCGACGAGCUCCAGCCGAAAGACAUGACCACGGAUAAAGGAUACAAGCUGCAGCGGAGCAGCCUGCCCUUCAGCGUCGAGUCGCUGAUUUCUAAGAAGAGCACCUGUCGGACUUCUUACCCGGCUUUCGACUCGGCGGCGCCGCCGCCGCCGACGACGCCCGGGGCCGGUCAGGGCGCGCAGUUCUCUCCGAGGACUUUUUACGCGGAGAGGAAGCUUUCCGGGGAGAGCUCGCAGGGAGUUGCCAAGAGCUCCGGGGAGGACUGCGCGCAGUUUUGCGAGAAAGAGCAGAGCACUUGGUUCCAGACGUCCUCCUUCUCGACACCUCCCCGGAGCUCUAGUCCGACUCAGUGUACCCUAAGGAAACACAAAAACAACAGGAAACCUCGCACCCCGUUCACUACCUCCCAGCUGCUGGCGCUGGAGCGCAAGUUCCGCCAGAAGCAGUACCUCUCCAUCGCCGAGAGAGCCGAGUUCUCCAACUCUCUCAACCUGACGGAGACUCAAGUCAAAAUCUGGUUCCAGAACCGCCGAGCCAAAGCCAAGAGACUGCAGGAGGCCGAGCUGGAGAAGUUCAAGUUGGCCUCCAAGCCCGUCCUGCCCGCGUUCGCGCUGCCUUUCCCCCUCGGAGCGCACAUGAGCUCUCCGUCGUGGGGCCCCUCCAACGUCUUUCCGAGGCCCAGUCUGCCGGUCCCGGGACUGUUCAGCGGACCUGUCACCUAUGGGAUGUACUAUUUGUCUUAGGAUCUCCGGAAAGACCUGGCGAGGAGAUGAAGAAAAAAGAAAACAUUUGUAUUAUUAUAAAAGAAAAAAACUUAAAGUUGGGAAUUUGUUUUUCAAACAUGCGCGCAUUUCUAGAACUAAAAUGAAAUAAAUUUACGUCCACUUCAGUUUUAAAUCCCCAGAAAAAAGAAUAAAUUAAAAUCUUUGAAAUGCCUUAAUUUCAGGUGAUCCACUGUGGUUCCGCAAUAAUAUAAAGGUGGACGCUUAAAUUAGUAAGAGAGGGAGAUGAAACAGCAAAGUACUUAUUGUUCGGUGUCUGUGCCUUAUGAAAGCGUCUUUAUUGUCACUUGAAGUAUUUUCACCCAGAAUUACCUGAGUGGUUCUGCUUCUGAAAGGAUUGAUAUUUUUGAACAGCAGCUCCUGUCAACUUUUAUAUUUUGUAAUUAAAAAUUAUAAUUAAAAAAAAACAUAAAAAGGGACCAAAUGAUAUUUUAGCAAAUGGUAUUAGUUUCUUAAACCUUCACAGUGUGGCCUUAAUGGGUACUAUAGUUUUUUUUUCUUCUACUUUGCUGUAAUUGUAAAUAAAACGUGUGGCGUUCAAGAAAAAAAAAAGAAGAAACAUUGCAGCGUCGUUGGAAGCGCAGGGAAAGUGGUAUUUAUUGAAUGUCUUUGUAUCUGUACUGUGUACAUUUCUUUGUAAAGAAAACUAACUUUAGUAAAUAAACAUUUAAAGACUUGAAAGUUAA